UGACAAGUGGCGAACACUGCACGAUACUACCUACACGAUAAAGUGAGCGAGCGCUUUGGUGCGGUACCGCUUUCGAUAGUGAGCUUUUACGAAGUUUGUGUUUCUUUCCGAUGAACGGCUGCUUCGCGUUGGAUACCAUUCCGUUGGUGGAUUGUUAAAACUGCGAAAUGGACGCUGAUAGCAGUUACGGCGGCAGCGAUACGGCUCAAGACUCACACACAACCCAUGACGUCAACGAUCACAGUUCGCACCCCAGCCAUGAUGAAGUGACAACCACGGCGGUCCAUAUAAUUCCGACGGCGGUGGAAGAGCAACCAUCUAACCAGUACUAUCACAAGAACGAAAUAACGCUACCCGUGCACUACGACGACACAGAUUUUCACAGCGACAGGCAAUCGAAGCCCAAUCAGCCCCAUUACUUAAGCACAGCAAAUUUAAAUAUUUCCGAAAGCCUUGGUCGUCAUAGUAACUUGGAAGAAAUGAGUAAGAAUUAUAAAAGUACGAGUUACCUUAAUGCUGAGUCGCCAGCCAGCAUCAAGAAGAAUGUGGGCAUCGAGAAUCCGGCUUAUCAGGAAGACGAAGCUGCCAAUAAUGGCACUGUAAAAAGCACUUUCGACACAUCAAAACCAUACAAUGGUGACAUAGCUCUUGGCUUAUCUUCGUCGCCAAAACACGACGAACCAAUGACUGAGGCAGUUAAUUUAGAAUUGAUUAAUCUUAAACCAGUUGGUAAAGACGUAACGGGCCCGUACGACAAUGGCGUCAACGGAGUUACGGGAAUCCCGAUCAAGAAAGAAAACGAUGCAGAAAUGGGCAACCCUUAUGAUGAAUACUUCGUUCCUGUUAAUGAGCAUCGUAAAUAUAUGAGAGGCGAAAAACUAUACGUCACUAUGGACAAAAGGAACAAGAAAAGUAGAAACAAAUGCCUGUGUUGGGGGAUAUGUUUAUGCAUCGUGGCUGCGGCAGUGAUUCUAGGCAUAUUAGCAGCAGUUGGAGUGAUAGGCAACCAAGGCCCAAUGGAAGUAACCGCCAGACAUUUUGACGGAUCUCAGGCGGAGGUUAAGGAAGGCAGUAUAUUCGCAGCUGCGACGAGAGAUUCUGGAGCGAAAAAGUCAUCUGAAAAUCUACCGGCCACACCAGGACCACCCGUAAGCACCGUCUCAAGCUUGCUACCAUCUACCGACACAUCCAUGAUCGAAGUACCUCGAACACUUGAAUCGGAAAUUGUCAUCGAUAAUCUGCAAUACUCAGAUGAGUUAGCUAUGAAGAACACUUCGCAGUUUAUGACUCUGGCCAAAUCGAUAGAAGAUGAACUCAAGAAGAAUCUGUUUAGCAAGGACAUUUUGAUGUAUGGUCCCGCGGAUAUAGAAGUCAAAGUUCUUGAGUUUUCGCCUGGAAGUGUGGUGGUCAAAUACAGAAUUGGUUGGAAAUUUAAGGAAGGUAUCCACAACGCUCCAGAUCCGAUUAACGAAGAGGUCCUCCAAAGGCGACUCGAUACCCUCCAGUAUCGUAAAUCCGGCUUAAUGGAUAUUUACCAUAUAGAUAAUAAACCUACAAUAAGCAACAGAGUGUUAGACAAGUGUCGUUUUGAAAACAACGGCUGCGAACACGUUUGCGAGUUUGAUUACCACAAAUUAGACUUCAAGUGCAGUUGCCCCGAUGGAAAAAUUUUAGCUGAAAAUGGCAAAACAUGUGAAGUAGUUUCGCAUCUCACGACAGACAAUUUGGAACACGAAUCUGAACCAAAGCCCGAGCCUGAGCCUGAGCCUGAGCCUGAGCCCACCAUGGAAACGGAACCGCCUGCACAGCCGGAACCAUCUGUUGAACAUAAACCGUCAGAAAAGCCGCAACCUGUGGAAAAGGAAUCAUCUUCAGAACCUUACCCUUCUGUCAUACCAGAACCAUCAGCUCAACCGGAACCAUCCACUGAACCCGAACCAACAAUAAAACCACAACCACCUUUAGAGAGAGAACUAUCUCCGGAACCAAUUUCGCCGUUCAUAUCAGUAUCAUCAGCUGAACCAGAACCAGCUGCUGAACCCGAGCCAACAGCAGAGCCAGAACUGCCGGCAUUACCGGAACCGUCGGCAGAGCCAGACCCAUCACUCGAAUCCGAACCAUCUGCUGAACCUGAACCAACAGCGGAACCACAACCCUCUGCAGGACCAGAUCCAUUCGCAGAACAAGAGAACUCUGCAGAAUCAAAACAAUUAGCAGAACAUGUGCCCGCGUCAACAGCAGAACCGGAGACAUCAGCCCAACAAAAGCCUACUUCAGAACCAGAAUCAUCAGUAAAAAAUGAAGCCGAACCGACAGUGGAACAAAAUCCAUCAACAGAACAAGAACCAUCCGCAGAACCAGAACCGUCAGCAGAACCAGAACCGUCAACAGAACCAGAACCAUUACCGGAUACUGAAGCUAAGCCAACAGCAGAACCACAACCUCAUGCAGAGACAGAAGCACCAGGCACCGAAACAACUUACUCAACCAAACGCGAACCAUCAUUAGAGUCAUUCGGCCGACGUGACCCGUCGAUAAAACAAGACUCUUUGUUGGAGACUUCGGCAACAAUGACACCAGAAGCAGUAACUAUUCUUGAACCUGUAGGGGCAACCGAAUUAACUCCAAAAACUAAAGUUCUCUCCGAACACGAGUUAUCCAUCAUACGCGAACCACACCCAGUCGAGGAUCAGGAACACAAACUUUCAUCUGCAACAGAGGCUAUUGAGAAGUUAGAACAUUCAACUGAACAUUCAGCCAAUUCUAUAAAUGAGCCUGAACCUUCUGUAAAAUCAACGUUUCACCCCAACGAAUUGUCAAAAACCGAAACAGAGAAUGACUUUCAAGAAGAAGUUCAAACAACAACGUCAGAGCCCGAAGAGCAUGAUCAAUCUAAAUUAUAUUUCAACCCCAUAGCUCAGGUGCACAAUGAGACAGGUAACCUUAGCUCUGGUCAGUCAAAUGUAAUACCCGCCCAUACUGAAUCUGAAACAGUUCAAACUGACAUUCUGUCAGUUGAACCAAUAGAACAACAAACUACCGUAAUCCCACUAGAGGCAUCUACUCAACCAAGUGAGAUUAAAAGCAGUGUGCAUAAUUUAGAAGCAGAAACUGAGAUGACUUCCAAUAUCAAUCCAUCUACCGAUCAGUAUGUGGAAAUUAUUAUUAACGAAAGACCAACGGAAUCCAAUAAUGAAGAUUCUAAUGCAAAAAUGGUUAUGUCUAAUGUCGUAACGGAAGCUACAGAACCAAGAAAAGAAGAAUCACACAGCGCAAUGGAUUCCGAGUCUGAAAUAUUGCAUGAUAGGGGUGAAAGUGGGAUAACUGCAAGACCGGCAUUCGAGGUUCAGGAAAAUUUCACUAGUAAUGAGAAUAUAAUGACUUCAACAGAACAUAGUUUAAACAAUAAUAACGAACAAAACAUUCUACAUAUCCCCGUCAUAAUCCAGGCGAGUAGAGAAUUUGAAUCCACGACUCAACAUCAAGUUCUAUUGAACAGUGAUAAACCAGAAUCUAUGGAAAAGAAGCUGGUACUGAACGAAACAGUUCAGACAACAACUCAUGAAAAUGAUACUACGAAAACCAUAACUAACACAAGUUUGGAAAAUAGCACAACUAAUCCUAACGCGGAGAAAAUAACCGACUUGCCCACUGAUAAUAUAUCUCCAACUGAUCUUUCAACAAAUUUUCUUUCAAAUGAAAAUAUGGAAAAAGUCGAUGUUACUACGGAAGCCGAUAUAGUCACUACUACCAGAGAAAUUCUGAAUGCUAGUUUGGCUGACGACAAGGAUAGCUCCGCAGACUUUAUCAACAGAACAGAAGUUAACAACCUCCAUAUUUUACAAGACCCAAAAUUUAUAGAAAACUCCAUUCAAACUAGCGGUGAAGCGAGAAAAAUGGAUUUUAAUGACUCCAAAUCAACUCUGACUUUUGACAAGGCAAACGUGGUAGGCGGAGACCUAAACCAAAGCGAUCAACAGUUCCACACUGAACAUCCUCCACUUUUGGAGCAUAAUAUGUCGCCUUUUUUGCCAGAAAUCGAAAAUGAGACAAUCAACAAUAUCCUCGUACAUCCGGAUGACUCUUUCAACGAAAGUCCUUACUUAUUCAACAACCGAGAACAUAGUGAAAGAAAUGUGACGCAACCACCCGACCUGCACCAUGAUGAGAUAAAUCACACCAAUCCUUUUGAUCCUAACCCUACCGAUGUAUCACUCAGUGUUGUUCCAUUAGAGAACGAGAUAAACGACAGCAAGAUUGAACGUGGCAAUACUGAAAAGACCUCAAGUUUGAAUGUUUCUGACAAUAAUACAUCAAGCGAACCGAAUGAAAAUAGCACAAUUGACAAACCUCUAAUUCGUACAAACUCCUCGGGUUUUAACAUAACGAAUGCUCUGGAAGAGGUGACCCUACCUCCAGAAAUCGUUAACAACGUACAUAGCAACAGCUUCUUUGAAACUGUGCUAGGAGUAGGUGAAAAGAAUGAUACGUCAGGAUCGUCCAGCGGUUACAAUUUCAAAGGGGACACAUCGAGCACAGAAGAUUUAAUAGCAUUAGAGACUACCACAAAUGAUGAAAAGGAUGUUGGCAAGACUAUCACUUCAACUGAAUAUUACUUCGCAUUUAAUAGUACUAGCAACACAUCGGAUACUUUAAACAACGAUAUAAACGUGCAGCCGACAACUAUAAUCAGCUUGGAGGCUGUAACCGAUAACACCGAAAAACAAUCUUCCAAUCAAUACGAAGUUAAGGAAAUGGCGGCCGACGUAACAACUACUGAAAAAUUGUUUCUAACCACCAGAAAUAGUUCCCAAACUGACGAAGAUCUUUCUGUGGCUCCUCUAGAGUCGUCUGAUGGAAAACAAUUGCCAUUCGAUGCCACUGGUUUCAACGAUAUUUCGGACGAGGAACAAAGCGUCUUGGACAAAUUUGAGCACCAUCCGCAAACUGAUACCGAAAAGAUACUGGGAAAUUACGAAAAGAUCGACAGCAAAGAUUUUUUCAGUAAGGUCCAAGACGAUGUUAUCACAACUAUGUCGCCAGAAAUAAACAGUACAGAGUCGAACUUAAACUCGGUGAAACCAGUGACAGAAGACUUUUCGCUAUUUAGCUUUCCCAGAUGUGCUUCCGGUCAAUUUCAGUGCGUCAAUGGAACGGCCACCAAAGAUAACAAGUACUGCAUUCCUGCGAAUGAUAGGUGCGACUCCGUUUUGGAUUGUAGCGACGGCUCUGAUGAAGUUAAUUGCGUCGAGGAAGGAUGUCCCAACAACUUUAAGUGCGCCAAUGGUCAGUGUUUGAAACGACACUUGGUGUGUGAUGGAAUUGUCAACUGUAAUGACGGAACUGAUGAAAAUAAUUGCGAUCAAUGGACGUGUAAUUUCGACGAGUUACGAUGUGGAAGCGGGCGACGCUGCAUACCGUUGUCGUGGAAAUGCGAUGGCAAAUCUCAAUGUCCGGAUAAUUCAGAUGAGCGUAAUUGUCACCUUUCGCAAUGUCAUGACAAUUUAUUCCAUUGUGCUGAGCAAGAGUCUUGCAUACCGGCCGGUUGGCGAUGCGAUGGAAAAGCCGAUUGCGCCAACGCGGAAGACGAGAGACUUUGCGAAUGUGGCAGCGAACAAUUCAAGUGUCGAACUGGUGGCGGGUGCAUUGCCAUAGAAUUGAGGUGUGACGGAAUUCCUCAGUGCGGCGACAGAUCGGACGAAUGGCACUGCCUUGUACUGAGAGAUAUCAACGGCACUAAUGAAAUUUUUAAAAACAUUUUACAAGUCGAACUAGAAAAUAACACAUUUUACCCCGUUUGUUUGGAUAGCGGCAACUGGAACGGGACUUACGCCGAUUUAGCGUGCCAGAAUUUAGGAUACGCAGGCGCUACUCAAAUUAAACCGUUUACUAUUCCGUCGGCUGAAUCCAAAAUUUUCUACAGACUUGAGCAGACGUACAGCUUACCGCUUAUGUCGCAACUUACAAAAAUCGAAAACCAAGAUUGUAAAGAAUUCGCGUCGCUGACGUGUCAGGAUUUCGAAUGCGGCAAUAACGGAAAUCAAAAUUCGGCGCAAGCGCGAAUAAUCGGCGGCAACAAGGCUGCCGCGUCACAGUGGCCCAGUUUAAGCCUGCUUUACAAUAAGCGACGAAAUAUUCAAUGCACUUCGACGAUCAUAGCGCCAAUGUGGAUAAUCGCUAGUCACUCUUGUGUCGCGGACAACGAUCCACAUUUGGCGCCCAAUGUCGAAGAUUGGAUCUUAUAUGCUGGCAGUGGUAACUUUUUCGGUGGAGGGGACAAUGCCAGUGUAGAGGCGCACGAGAUUCGAGAAUUUGUUCCUCAUCCACAGGCCAAAUAUUUACAGUACGAGUUUGUCAACGACGUUAUCUUAAUUCAGCUUAAAAAACCAUUGCCACUAGGGCGCAAUAUAAGUACCAUUUGUCUACCAAAUAUGGAUACAAAUUCCAGGCAAUUGUGUGUGAUAUCUGGUUGGGGAAUCAGCAAACCUGGAGAUGCCACAAAGGAGCAAUAUCUUCACUAUUUACCGGUUCCUAUAAUGGACAAAGAAGAAUGCAAUUCCACCAAACAUUACAAUGGUCUACUAAAUGAAGACAAAAUCUGCGCGGGAUAUACAGACGUGGAGAAGACUCCCUGCUACAACGACGAGGGGGCGCCACUAAUGUGUUUCUCAGACGUGGAUGAUCGGUGGGAACUGCAGGGUAUUCUCAGCCACCACGAAAACUGCGGCAUGAGCAAACACCCUGCUAUCUAUUCAAGUGUAAAUUCAAAACUCAGGAGAUGGAUUACCGACACCAUAGGUGAGGCGUUAAGAAGCGGAUGAACUAAAUAACGUUGCUGUGAUCUAGAAUUGUUAGAGACUGUAAAAUAUUGUUGAUUGUUGAAAUGUAAAAACUAUUUAGGCGCGAUAAUCCGUGCAAAACGCGGAGAUGUUUUUAGCUGAAGCGCCGUUCUUUGACUUCGGUAUAUAUAGCGUGAUUCAAAAGUAAAUGUAAAGUUUUCAAGAGCUUAUUUUUCUCGAAAAUGAACAAAGUUUCUACAGAGACCUGGAAUUUGUUUACUUUAGUGAACUUCAACCAUAAACCACAAACGCGCUUUUAAAAUUUAAUUUAGAGCUAUCAUUCUUAUAAAACUUUGUGGAGAAAUCGGAAAUUUUUAAAAGCCACAUGGCAUAUUCGUAGGAAUUUAUUUUCUUAUUUUUAUAAGGUCGUCAAAUGUUUAAUUACUUUCAAAUCACACUGUAUUUCGCCGUCAAGCUGCUCAAGUGUUCUUUGUCGAUUUUUAAUAAGUAACAAAUAAUUUUUGGCCAACGAAAUUUCUUAGGUGUGCCAAAAAGCAGACACGACUGAGGAUUGUUAUUCUAUAGCUAUUUAUUUAAACGUUCGAGGCUAUGUAACUUGCAACAAACCAUCCCAUAACGCAAUAACCCAUGUAGUUGUAAGUAUAAUGCUUUAUAUUCAUAUCCGCUUGUAUUUUAAUGUAGGUUUGCUGAUUUACAUUCCUAAAAUUAUAUAGGUGUCCUUUAUUGGACGAUUUUGGAGUGUAUGGGGAUUAAUCGUACAGACGCAACGUUUCUAUUGCGUGGUUGGAAAUCUGGAUUGGUUAGUAAAUAUAAAGUUAGUUUGGAG